AUGCCGACAACCCACGUUGAACCGGGUUGCGACCCAUUGUUACAAGACAUUGCGAAUACAUUAUGGAAAUCGCGGAAGGUGGUUGUCAUCACGGGCGCCGGUAUUAGCACCAACUCUGGCAUUCCCGACUUCCGCUCCGAGAACGGUCUAUAUUCGUUGAUACAGGCUCAGUUUGACGAGGCCCAACAACAACAAGCCACCGACAGCAACAGCGAUGCCGACACCAUCGAACCGAGGCCAGCCAAACGGCAACGGAGGACAUAUGGCGACUCCAGUCGCCAAUCCCUUGGGGUGCCCGAGAUACCGUUUCCAGGGCUCCGCAACGCGGCGUCAAAAGAAGUCGAGCCUGACAUUCAACAACAUAAUACGAAAAAAGAGGAGCAACCUCGCAGCACGGUGGUCGAAAAUGUCAGCGUAGAAGCAGCUCCCUUCGCUUCCUCUCCUCCAAGCUUAGCCUUCGCCACUCCACGACCUCGGCCACCCCACCUCCUCGAUACUCUUCCAGCGAGCUCUUCACCUCUUUCGUCCCCACCACAAGUCACGUACGACCCCUAUCAAGAGUCGACAAAUGGGUCGAGCCAGGACACAGAGUCAAGUCGGUCGCAAAGCGAGGAACCCUCUUCGGUAACCACACCAUUACUCUCCUCGCAAAAUUCUUUCAUCUCGUCUCGAAAUUCCCUUCCGGUCAUGAAGGGGCGCGAUCUGUUUGAUUCGCAAAUCUGGUCCUGCCCGACCAAAACAUCGGUAUUCUACACCUUCGUGUCCACCCUUCGCGAGAAAGUGCGAAACGCCGAGCCGACCAGCAGCCACCGCUUCGUCAGCGUUCUCCGCGACAGCAGGAAAUUGGUUAGGUGUUAUACCCAAAACAUCGAUCAGUUAGAGGAACGCGUCGGCCUCAGUACCUCGUUAUCCCUAGGGGUAGGCAGCCGAUACCGCUUUUCUACCCGGUCCGGCCGUAACACUGGUGGGGCGAAGGGUUCGGCGAAGGGCGCUGAAGGAAUCCCCGAUGCCAGCCAAGGGUCGUCACAGAAGGACGGGGGCCAGGAAGAAGUGACACAAUCACAGGAACAGCCGCAACCGGGGCAAGCGGGCGUUGACAGGGCCCCAUCGGGGGACGCCAGCGGCGGGCUCUCCUCUACGGGGCCAAUACCACUAUCACAAACCUCAUCGGGCCCGUCUGCCGAUUCGCAGGACGCCCCAUCAUCUACGCCACCGGCGUCGCAAAGCAUCGCACCCGCAGCCCCUAAUCGCGGCGUCGAAUGCGUGUUUCUCCACGGGUCUCUAGCCGAGCUCCGCUGUUUUGUGUGCGCCCGCACCGCGUCGUGGGAAGAAGACACCCGAUUAGCAGACACCCUCGCCGGUCGACAGCCCACCUGCCCACAUUGCGCCGGGGCAACGGCUGCGCGCGAGGAACGGGGCAAGCGAGCGCUAGGGGUGGGCAAACUGCGACCCGACAUCGUCCUGUACGGAGAAGACCACCCGCAUUCCCACCUCAUCAGCCCCCUCGUCCAGCACGACCUUUCGCUCGGCCCCGACAUGCUGCUGAUUUUAGGAACGAGCAUGCGUGUGCACGGGCUCAAGAACGCCCAGCGGGUGCCGGCAUCCUCCCGGGCCCCGAAUGCACCCCCGAGAGGCGAUUUCCCCGUCCGCGACAGCGCAAGUUCCAUUUCUGCUGCGGUCAAGAGCCGUAAGCGCAAGUCGGCCGUCACAUGGCGCAUGGUACGCGGCGUCGAGACGCGUGUCUCGCUCAACGACGUGGGCGAACCACAGCCGCGCACGACGCCUGUCCCUGCCACGCCCGCUACCCUCCCGCCCUCGCCUGGGCCAGUACCCGACUCCCGGCGCCUCCCCCCACCGACGCCGACAACCCCAAAACCGCCUCCCCAGUACCAUCCCGAUCCACAAUACAAGCCCCAACCACAACCUACAACCACGGCGCCGGCCACCUCAGCCAUCGACAUGGCAAUAACCGCCGGUUUCCGCGAGACCGACCGGCUCAUUGCUCGAAUCCACCAAGAAACCCGCCUCUCCCGACCCGCGACCCCGUUACAGCUCCCACCCCUGAUCGUCCCGAACGCGUCCAGCCAACAACAACCGGCACACGCCACCCACCCCCAUAACCACCGCAAGGAGGAGAGCAAACAAAAGCAGCAAGAACAAUACCAGUACCACACCGCGAAGCUCGUCCCCAUGGAACCCAAAGUCGACUCACCCGGCCCGCGGAAGGGCAUCUCCUCCAACGUCGGCAGCCCCGUCGCGCCCGGACACAACCCCUUCUUCCUGGCCGACCCCCUGGUCGGGUGGCUGGGCUACCCGCCCGUGUGGCUGCAGCAACAGCUCGCUUCGGAGGCGUGGGCGGACGGGAAACAGCAACCAGGACAAGGACAGGGGCCAGGACGCGAUGCCGAACGGGUGACGCCUGGCCUCGGCCGGCCUGCGCCGUUGCUGAUGGGGGGGAAGGAGGUGAAGGGGAAGGGGAAGGGGAUAGGGAUUCCGCAGCUGCAACCACAGCGCCAGCUUCAACUGCAACCGCAACCGUCGCCGCAGCCGCAGCCUGAUCAGCGGGCAAGGAUGGGAGGUAGCGGUGCGGUGUCGCCGUGGUGUCCCGAUGAGCAGCUGAGGAAGGAGCAGGAGGCGGCUAUGAUGCUGUCGGCAAUGCGGGGGACGGGGACGGCUGAAUUUCACUGA